AACUACGAUUCAACGGAUUACCCCACGCAUGACAACACUAUCUCGUCUAAUAUAUAGAAUUUCCCUGUAAUCAUCAUUAUGGCUGCACACGACAGGCUGAAUAAGCUGUAUCCUCAUCAUCCGUCCAACCAUCCAAAUGGAACGAUUUGGAUAACUUAUACUGAUGAUAGCGCAGUUCUCGACUUUCGUCAACACCAGUACCCUAACCAUUCUCAACACGAUCUGUACAAUGAUGAGCAGAUUGAUGAGGCGAACUAUAUCUUUGCCUGCCUUUGGGUGUGCAUGCUGAUCCUCUGCACCUUCGGCAAUGCACUCAAUUUGACCGUACUGCUGCGCAGCUUAAAAUCGUGGAAAAUGUCCGCUUGUCAUUAUAUGAUCGCUACCGCCGUUUCUGAUCUGGCAUCCCUGUGGUUGACGCUUCCGUAUCUCCUCCAGCUGAUAACUCGAGGACGGAUUACUCAUACACCAUCGAUUGCUUUUGGUAUCGUCCCGUGGCUUGUUGAAACAUCCAUGUGGUUAUCUGAUUGGAUUCUGGUUGUGUUUUCUUGGGAGCGCCUUUUGGUGAUCCUCAGCCCGCUUCGUUUCCGGUGGCUGCAACGUGUGUCGGUAGCGCAUAUUGCCAUCCUCGUCCUGCUGAUUUUAUCGCUCCUCUUCAACAUGAUUGAUUUUGUGGUGAACUACGCGGACCCGCAUAUCCAGUCGUACGGUGCACGUUACGGCAUCGAUGCCGACAAAUCUGUGGGCUGGAUUCAUCAAUGGCUUUCAGUCCAUGCAACAGCCAAAGUCGCUAUGCGCCUGUUAACCUUUCUUCUGGUCCUCAUUCCAACCUUCGGCCUGAUCGGUUUCCUCGCAUACUAUCGUCAAUCCGAAAUUAGCAAAAUGCGCGUUAUUCCAAACGCCCGUAAAGAGUCCUGUGCGUCGACGACGAGAAGCGCCCAUAACAGCAUUAACGUCAUAUUGCUGAGUAGUGCAGCGCUGUUUCUCCUGAUGCGCGCACCGCAGACGUUCCAGAUAUGCGUGUUGGCCGGAAACAGGACAGUUUCUUUGUAUAAUGCCGAUAAUUCGGUUACGGUGAUAACGGAUGAUUUCAUUAACCUGGGCAGUCUGGCUGGUUACACGUUUAAUUUCUAUGUCUACUUGAUGACCGAGCGACAUUAUCGCAAGCGAUUUACAGACGUCGUCGUCCGGCCGCUGUUAUCCUGUUGCACGACAACACUGCCGUUACCCGACAAGGAAACCUGUCAAGUGGAGGAAAGCAACGCGGUCAACUCUUCGACGUCGGUUUAAUGUUGGCACCCCCUGUUGUCGACUUCUGGCAUUCCGGCGCAGGAGCAUCCGACUAUGGCUGGAUGUCGAUAUUUGAUUUACAAUUUACGGCAAAGUUAUAAGACAGCCAUGGUACAUAUAGUGGAGACCUAAGCACAGAUAGAAAAAGCACGACUGUGCCAAAUUCGAUGUACAGAUAGACCCAGGAAGACUGCAUACCCCAAUUGGGUUUUAAAGCGAUUUAUUAUCACGUAAAAACGCACAAAGUCUUUUCUUACCAGAUCUGAAAGGUCUGCCGUUCAUCCAUCUGCACAACUGUCAAUGCGUAAAUAAUCGAGCCCAGCAGAGGCAUCACUUAGAUAAAAAUUAAUGAAGUUAUUGUGUCGAAAUGCAGUUUGUCGCAUAGUUUUC